UGACAUCAUACACAGGAAGGGAAGCCAAGUAACUUGCUUUUUCGCUCUAAACCCUAUUCCUAAGUGAGUUUUGGAGGGUAAAGACCGGCUGAUGAGUGCGAGAAAGGAUCCUCACGGGACUCUUUGGAUUCGCUCUGCUCCCUCUUGGAGAGAACAGGAGAGCGAGGAAAUCUUUUCAGGUUUCCCACAACAUUCCAAGUGUCUACGGCAGGACUAAAGCCAGAAACUCCCUAUUGGAUGUGACGAGGGCCCUGGGAAUCAUACGAGUGAAAAAUCACAAUCUUCCAGAUCCUGCUUGGAUCUGACGUCUCCGUCACCCUGCUCAGUUCGGCAAUGGCUCUGUGCUUGGGGCAGGUUUUCAGCAAAGACAAAACAUUCCGGCCUCGAAAGCGAUUUGAACCUGGAACCCAGCGCUUUGAGCUGUACAAAAGAGCCCAAGCGUCUCUGAAAUCAGGCCUGAACCUGAGGAAAGUGGUGCAGCUGCCGGACGGGGAGAACAUUAAUGACUGGAUAGCUGUGCAUGUGGUGGAUUUCUUCAAUCGAAUCAACCUCAUCUACGGGACCGUGAGUGAGUUCUGCACUGAGAAGAGCUGUCCCAUCAUGUCUGGAGGGCCACGUUAUGAAUACAGGUGGCAGGAUGGGGAUCAAUACAAGAGGCCCACCAAACUGCCUGCUCUUAUAUACAUGAACCUCCUGAUGAACUGGAUCGAGUCCCUCAUCAACAAUGAGGACAUCUUUCCUACACGAGUAGGAGUCCCUUUUCCAAAGAACUUUCAGCAGGUGUGCAAGAAGAUACUGAGCCGCUUGUUUCGGGUGUUUGUACACGUGUACAUCCAUCACUUUGACAUGAUCUGUAGUAUGGGAGCUGAGGCCCACAUCAACACCUGCUACAAACACUACUACUACUUCAUCUCUGAGUUCAGCCUCAUCGACCACUCGGAGCUGGAGCCGCUUAAAGAAAUGACAGAGAAGAUCUGUAACUGAAAGAUGCGGAGAACGGAUGGGAAUCCAAAUGUCAAACAUUCAGACCCAAGUUCUGAUCUAAGAUCAGACGAGAUCAGAGACUCACAAAUGAGCUAAAAAUGCAAUGCAUCUGUGCUUCUUACUGAAACACUUGUGGGUCCAGUAAUUCAACACACGUUCUUGAGACAGUAAAUGUUUAAAUGAUGUACUGUAUCUCAAAUUCUGGAGCAGUGAUCUGAAAUGAUGCAUCGAUUGCUUAGUAUUCUGCAUACAUUUUUUUGAGCAAUUCACCACGUGACUUCAAAGAACCUUUUAAAAUAUUUGUUCCUGAGGAUAACAUGUCUGGAGAUGGCAUGUCUUAAACUUCUGCCAAGUCUGAGAGGCUGCAUUCUUGCUCUGUCGUGUCUGUGCCAGUGCAGGGACAGAAGCCUUUGCUAUCUUUAUUUAACCAGGGCAUGUGCAGUAAGAAACUAUUACCAUAGCUAGUGACUGAUGAUGAAUAGUACUCAACGGUAUUAUUCUUAUUUCAGACAUUUUGUUCUGACAAUGUAUU